CAUCUGCGCAUGCGCAGGUCGAAGUUGGCGCGGUGAGAGUGAGCCGUGUGAUAUUUAAUUGUAGGGUCACGCAAUAUCGGUUCAUAAUUACAGGUUUAUAUCGAAGAAGCGUUGACUGAAGGUGUAACAUAUCACAAAUGGCCAUGAGAAGGUGUUUGGGGUUAGCUGGGGUUGUCCCGCGGCUCUUAUUGAACAGUACAGUCCUGCCUGGAGGACGAAGCUUUCUGUCCUGUCCUGUCAACACUCACCUCGGUUGCAAAAAUACAGAGCUACUGGUUCGCAGGUUCACCUCGGGGCCACCCAGCACGGAUGUGAGCUAUGAGGAACUGAAACAGCUUCUGGCUGGCCGGAAAUCUGUAGUUAUUGAUGUCAGAGAGCCCUGGGAGCUCAGGGAGUACGGCUUCAUUCCCGGGUCAAUUAACGUCCCCUUGGGACAGGUGAACUCCGCUCUCCAGCUGGCUGAAGAAGAGUUUAAAGAAAAGUAUGGCGGUGAAAUGCCCCAGCAGACAGAUAACAUUGUAUUCAGUUGUCUGGCAGGGGUCAGAAGCAAGAAAGCACUCAACACAGCCACUUUGCUGGGAUACGAUGAUGUUCAGCAUUACCCCGGCGGAUGGCAAGACUGGGUGAAAAAUGAACAACACAACUGACACAGGGAUAAUGGAACAAAGAAGAAAGAUUAUUUUAAGCAUUGUAUCAAAAAAAUGAACCGAGAUCUGACUACAAAGUGGAGGUGCAAAACAAGGAGUCUUGCAAAAGGGUAUUCAAAAAGUUCAUUAAGUUUUCUGUUGUUAGAAGCAGUGAUUAGAAGUUGUUUUUCUUAACUGUGAACCAUUAAAGACUGAAACAAGAGGGCUACAACAAUCAUGUCUUCUGAUAAAACAAAUAACUUAUAAACCCUUUAAGACUUCUUAAAUGAAUAAUUAACCAAUAACUAUUUAAACCUUACUACAAAUUUUUAUAAUGAAGUGCUCAUGUAUGUAUCUCCAGACUAUCUAUGCAAAUGACUACUAAACUGAAUAGCCAUUUUCACAUAUGCACUCCAGAUAAUAUCUAGAUAUUUACAGGAGGACUUCUCCGGAGAUUCUCCUGACCUAGUCAUUCACAUGCUCCUCACAGCGGAGGACUUUCCCUGUCAGAGGGGAGGGGGUUCGGGGGAUUUCCUGAGGUAAAUAAACAACGUGGAAGUUGCGGCCGUAGCAACAGAAUAUUUGCCUUUAUAUCAAUGCUAUGUGUAAUCCAAUGGAAUGACAACAACCACAAAAGAGAGGAGAACAACAUACUGACGAACAGAAAACAGAAUGCAGACGUUAAAUUAGUGCACGGAGAUCGUAGUGGUCGCGUGCAGACACUUCAGACAGUCACUGUAUUUAAACGUCAUUCUCUUUCUAUUGGCUCGAGUUGAAAUCUCCAGAGUAUAUGCUGCAGUGUUCAGACAUCAGCUCACUCAGAUUUUCUGAGGAUAAAAUACUAGGGGUCUGGCCGGAGAAUCUCCGGGUAGAGUCCGCUGUUUGCGGUCUGUUUGUGUUCACACAUAGCCUAAAAACCUCCGGGUAGCCAAAUCUACAGAGUUUUUCAGGUGAUUUGCGUAUGUAUGAAAAGGGUUUAUGAGUGUGAGUUAAAAAGAAGUCUCUCAAUGCACAAUAUGAACACCUCCUCAUUUCAAGUUGAUAUUUGUAAAUAUUUGUUAUUACUUACUUGUCUUGUUGCACAUAGAUGAAACUGUUAGUUGUUGCCUACAUGAUUCAUUAAAAAUAAUCACAGUUUUGAUUAA